CUGUACCGUCAGUGCCUAUAGUCUCGUGUGUGUAAUUAUUUUAUAUUUUUAUUAGGAAAAAAAUAAAAAAGGGGUUAUACAACGUGUGAAUUUAUAUCGGUAUUAAAUAAUAUUUACUAAUAUGGGCAAGCAAAAGAAAACUAGAAAGAUAGUUGAAAAAAGAUUUGCACAAAUGAAGAAAAUGAUAAGCCCCAACGACAGCAGGAUAAAACCAAGUGAACGCAAAGGUUCGUCAAAAAAGAAACCGGACCCACAUUUAAAGAUACGAGAAGUGCCACAAUCGAGUUCAGCUUUAUUCUUUCAAUAUAACACACAGCUUGGCCCUCCUUACCAUAUCAUUAUCGAUACCAACUUUAUUAAUUUUUCUAUUAAAAAUAAGUUAGAUAUAGUACAAAAUAUGAUGGACUGUUUGUAUGCUAAAUGUAUUCCAUACAUAACCGAUUGUGUAUUAGGAGAACUAGAAAAACUUGGACGGAAAUACAGAGUAGCUUUAAGAAUAAUAAAAGACCCUCGAUUUGAAAGACUGGGUUGUUUACAUAAAGGAACAUAUGCUGAUGACUGUAUUGUUCAAAGAGUUACACAACACAAAUGUUAUAUUGUAGCUACUAAUGAUAAAGACUUAAAAAGACGAUUAAGAAAAAUACCUGGUGUACCAAUCAUGUAUGUUGCAGAUCAUAAAUAUACUAUAGAGAGAAUGCCUGAUGCUUAUGGGGCACCAAAAGGUGCAAUUUAAUUGAUUAAUUGUUGUUUAGAGAUUAAAGGACUUAAAUUUGUUUACU